AUGGUCUUUAUUGACUUGGAGAAAGCUUAUGACACGGUCCCUCGCAAUUUAAAAUGGUGGUGCUUGAGAAAACAAAAUAUCCCUGACGCAUAUGAACGGCUGAUGAAAAACAUAUAUGAAGCCUCAACUUCUUGCGUUAGAAUGACAGUUGGAGACUCUAAACCUUUUUGGGUUGAAAUUGGAUUACAUCAAAGAUCUGCUAUAAGUCCUUUUUUAUUCAAUAUAAUUAUGGACACGAUAACGAGAGACAUCCAAAAGCCAUCUCCUUGGUGUAUGCUAUAUGCAGAUGAUAUAAUACUAUGCGAAGAGACAAAGGAGAAAGUAUUCGAAGAAGCCGAAAAGUGGUCAAAACGCUUAGCUGGAUAUGGUUUAAAGGUCACUAAUUGA